AUUGGAGUCCAACAAGACAAUAUUACACACAGGCUUGAGAGAGAAAGAGAGACAGUGUGGGUGCGGGGUGGGGGUGGGGUUAGGGUGUGAGUAAGAAUAGGAAAGGCAAAAAUGGAGAAGAUAUUGAGAGUCUUCUUUGGCUAUAACGCUACCAACGACACCCUUCACUUCACUUCUCAAACCCUAAUUACUCACCCAAAAUCCCUUCUUUUCUUUCUCUCUCUUUUCUCUAUCAAUUUCCUAUAUUUUUCCUUCUCCUUAUUUCAAUUUCAUCUCUGCUGUUCGCCGUUGCUGCUGCUCGGUUCUCUGCCAUUCUCAAGUUUCCAGUUUGGUGCAACAAUUACCAAACUCAUUUAGCAAGUUGUCUUUUUGCCGUGAUUAAUACACGUGUUCCUGGUGGCCCUAGUCGUUUUACAUGUCAUGGAUGAAUCUGGUGGAACUCGAUUUGAAGGGCUCAAUGCUACUGUUAGGAAGAAAAGAAGCCUCAUGUUGCGGCGACCUAGACCAGAGAAGCCUUUUCUUCAUGAAGGCCGUGAUCAGUCUCCCUUAACACCAGUUUCAGAUGAUUUUGGUAGGGUUUCCAGUGAUGAGAACACUGAUGAUGCCAAUGCUGGACGUAAAAUGUUCAACCUUAAUCAUUGCAUGUCUAGAGGCUCUGCUUCCAGAGUGGAUGAGGACUACACUUUUAAGAAGACCAAGGAUGGAGGAUCUAGUCUGUUAUAUAGUAAUGGAGAUCCAGGAGAUGAUACAUAUUCCCAGCAUGGUUCUUCUCUUAGGCAACCAGGAACUGUGCAGGAUGGUGUUGGCAAUGAUAGCAAGCUGAAAAAGGUUAAGCUUAAAGUUGGGGGUGUGACGCGCACCAUUCAAACCAAAACUGAUUCUCAUGGUGCAUAUGGUGGUGGUUUGUCUACAAAUGCACGAGCCUUGGAUGGUUCGCAGCCACGUCAGAAAUCCACUUCACAGGACACAUCAAGCAAAGACGGUCUUUUGGAAAAGAAAAGUGGGUUGCAAGGAAUUAUGUCGAGAGAUUCGCCCAAAGGUUCUUUUGCUGCUGGCAAAGGCGAUAUGGGGAAGACGCCAAUGACGAAUGCCUUCGAAAAAGGGGGUGACAAAUCAGAUCCAACUCGUAAGAGUAAGAGGGUGCCAAAGAGGCGUGUAUCGGAAUGGUUUGAUGAGGAUGAGAAAGAUGAUGAGAUUCGAUUCUUGGAGAAGCUUAAAACCUCGAAGAUUUCAGGAUAUAAAGAUUUUGAGGAGGAAUUGACCAACAAAAGAAGUGUUUCCCGGGUUUCAAAGGUUAGCAAGUUUGAAAAGGAUGAAAAUGUGGGAAGGCCAAGGAAGAAAUCUGAGCAAGGUUCUGAGGACACUGCUUAUGAGGUGGAAGAGUUUGUGUCUGAUGGUGAGGCUGAAGGAAAAAAGAAGCAGAAACAAAGGAAGGAAUCCUCAGAUUCAUCGAUCGAUACGAUGAGAGGAGAAAUGACUCUUACAACACGACAACGAGCUCUUCUAUCUAGCAAGGAUUCUUCUGCUGCUUCUACUGUGAGUCAGAUUGAGUUCCCUAAUGGUUUACCACCGGCUCCACCUCGAAAGCAAAAGGAGAAGCUCACUGAUGUUGAGCAGCAACUGAAGAAAGCAGAGGCUGCUCAGAAACGUAGAAUGCAAAAUGAGAAGGCUGCUCGUGAAUCAGAGGCUGAGGCAAUUAGGAAAAUCCUAGGUCAAGAUUCUAACAGGAAGAAGCGAGAAGAUAAAAUAAAGAAGCGGCAGGAAGAGUUGGCUCAGGAGAAGGCUGCCAAAGAGCAGAUGCUUGCAAAAAGCACUGUCAGAGUGGUUAUGGGCCCUACUGGGACUGUUGUGACAUUUCCUGAAGAUAUGGGUUUACCUCAUAUUUUUGACUCUAAACCUUGCAGUUACCCUCCCCCUCGUGAGCAAUGUGCUGGUCCUUCCUGUGUGAAUCCGUACAAGUAUCGUGAUUCUAAGACAAAACUACCUCUUUGCAGUCUCCAGUGCUAUAAGGCAAUUCGUGAAAAGGAACAGGCUUGAAAGCCUGCUAAAAAUUGUUGACAUAUGCUCUUGCACAUUGUUUAGAUUCAAGAAAGUACAAUGAGGAUAUAUUUUCCAUAUGCAGCAAUCAUGACCAGAGAUAUCUGGGAACAAAUUGUAUACAGGAAUAUUUUGGUGUCUCAUAAAUGUAUGCCACCCUGCCCCUAGUUAAUUUUU